UCCAAAGGGUUUCAGGCAGUAAUAAGGGAUGGGAAUAAUGGGAGCUGUAAAGCUAUAGCUGUGCUGUGAUUUGCUUAUUGACAGAAUUGGCAGCUUGUAUCUCAUGUCUGCUGGGUAAACAGUAGUAAACUGAGGCAAAGUGGCUACGUGUGCUGGCUGGUGAGUCAUUGUCUGAGCUGGGAUUAAACUCCUGUGCCUCCUGGCUUGCAGGUUUCUGCUCAGAGAGCUCUGUAUUUCUUAGGGAAGCCCCAUACUUGGCCAUACCCUGUUGUCCAUAAGGCAGUCUUGUUUGGGUCUGGGAUAAAGCUUUCUGAUGGUGCAGAUGCAUGUGCAGCCCCUUCCCCCUGUGAACAGAUGGGCUGCUGAUGGGCACAUGAGAUGACAGAUGUGGUUGUAUUUGAAGCAGUUCGUGUUUUUCCCUGCUGUAACAAAAUCCUUUCUGUUCCCAGGUGAUGUUGGAAACUAUUAUUAUGGCCAGGGACACCCCAUGAAGCCCCACAGGAUCCGGAUGACCCACAACCUACUGCUGAACUACGGCCUUUACAGGAAGAUGGAGAUAUAUCGCCCUCACAAGGCGAACGCGGAGGAGAUGACCAAGUACCACAGUGAUGACUACAUCAAAUUCCUGAGAUCCAUCCGCCCAGACAACAUGUCUGAGUACAGCAAGCAGAUGCAAAGAUUUAACGUCGGGGAGGACUGUCCUGUGUUCGAUGGGCUGUUUGAGUUCUGUCAGCUCUCUGCUGGAGGCUCAGUUGCCAGCGCUGUGAAGCUGAACAAGCAACAGACAGAUAUUGCUGUGAAUUGGGCAGGAGGCCUUCACCACGCUAAGAAGUCAGAGGCUUCUGGCUUCUGUUAUGUCAACGAUAUUGUCCUGGCUAUCCUGGAGCUCUUAAAGUAUCACCAGAGGGUCCUGUACAUUGACAUUGAUAUUCACCACGGAGAUGGUGUGGAGGAAGCCUUCUAUACCACAGACCGUGUGAUGACUGUGUCCUUCCAUAAGUAUGGAGAGUACUUCCCAGGAACAGGGGACCUGCGGGACAUUGGUGCAGGCAAAGGCAAGUACUACGCUGUCAACUAUCCCCUCCGGGAUGGGAUUGAUGAUGAGUCCUAUGAGGCAAUAUUCAAGCCGGUGAUAUCUAAAGUGAUGGAGACAUUCCAGCCUAGUGCAGUUGUCCUGCAGUGCGGGUCGGAUUCACUGUCUGGGGACAGGCUGGGUUGUUUUAAUCUGACCAUCAAAGGUCAUGCCAAGUGUGUGGAGUUUGUCAAAAGUUUUAAUUUGCCUAUGCUGAUGCUGGGAGGAGGUGGCUACACAAUCCGCAACGUGGCCAGAUGCUGGACCUAUGAGACUGCUGUGGCUUUGGACACUGAGAUCCCAAAUGAACUCCCAUAUAAUGACUAUUUUGAGUACUUUGGACCAGACUUUAAGCUGCACAUCAGUCCCUCAAACAUGACUAACCAAAAUACCAACGAGUACCUUGAGAAGAUCAAGCAGCGUCUCUUUGAGAAUCUGCGCAUGCUGCCUCAUGCCCCUGGUGUCCAGAUGCAGCCAAUUCCUGAGGAUGCUGUUCAGGAAGACAGUGGAGAUGAAGAGGAAGAAGAUCCUGAGAAGCGCAUUUCAAUCCGCAAUUCUGAUAAGAGAAUAUCCUGUGAUGAAGAAUUCUCUGACUCCGAAGAUGAAGGGGAAGGAGGGCGCAAAAACGUUGCCAACUUUAAGAAGGCCAAACGUGUGAAAACAGAAGAGGAAAAGGAGGAGGAGGAGAAGAAGGAUGAGAAAGAAGAGGAAAAAGCAAAAGAGGAGAAAGCUGAACCCAAGGGGGUGAAGGAAGAGGCAAAAUCCACCUAAGAUGGCUGCGGCUGGACGGCGCCUGUCAGUGCGUGGUUGUCGUAGGUUAGCUUCUCCGGUUGCCUCCCAUUCCACAGGAUUUAUAUUUUAUAUAUGUUUCUGUAUAUAUUUCUAUAUAAAUAUAUAAAUGACUUGAGAACUGUAAAUUAUUCCUCGCUGCACUCCGCUGGGAGCAGGCAGGGAGGACUGCAGAGUAGAGAGACCCACAUUGCCCAGCAUUGGAACUGGGAAGUUUUGCUCUUUGCCUCCCACCAGCUCCUCAGUGUGUCUUUAAGAAAGAAUCACUUCCUUUCUUUGCUCUCCUCUGAAGUAACCGCCCUUAAGAAUGAAUAAUUUAAGUAGAAGUAGCAUCUGCAUUUCAGGUUAGGUGGGAAGAUGGCCAUGAAGCUUUUGCUUUUUUUCUGCUUCUUUUCCUUUUUCUCUCUCUUUUGUUUUGUUUUGUUUUUGUGGGAGAUGUGAAUUCCCAAAUGAAGCCUGUGAGAGACGGAGCGUCCUUUGGUCUUCAGUCUGAUUCCACCACGGCAAUAACUACAAGCCGGUGCCGCUUCUCAGGGUCAAAUAGUGCAGUUCUUGGACAGAGUUGGCUACUUUCCUGCAGCAGACUUGUGGAGAGAGGUGAAACAGCUGACAGGCAGAUCAGGAGGUGGAUGGAGUGAAUCUGCCCAGAGCCCUGCAGGUAGAGAGCUGUGGGGAUGGACCCUUCCCGGGAUGUGGCGGAUCCCAUUGGCAGCGCUGUGUGUCUUUGUACACUCGUUUCCUAGAGCUGUGCCCCUCUUUGCAGGGGGGAGGUGAGUUACUGCCCACCUGGCUGCCUGCUUCACUCUGCUGCUGCCCUCAGCUACACGUGCUGUAAUUGCUUCAGUGCUGAUCCGUGUCCUUGCUGAAAGCACAGCAGAGCAGGACAGACGGGCAGGGCCCAGCUGGUGCCUCUGCUCCACGUGCCACUUACUAAGAAUCUCCUCCUGGAGCAGGCACGUUUUCGAGCGGAUCCUUCCCUCUCUUUGCUCUCAAGGCCAGUAAAUGCUGAGAGCCUUUUAUCAGCAGGCAGCGCUGUUAUCUGUACGAGGGAACAGCAGAUGGGGCUCUGUACGUUUCUAGAACUACUCCUCUUCCUACUCCCACACGUUAUCUCACACCCAAAGGUCUUUUGUGCUCAGAGCCGGCCUUUCUCACACCUUGCUUUGUACAGCUGAGCGUGAGAUGAGCGUUCCACCAAGAGCUCCAGCUUUGCACAAGUUUUGCAGGCAGUUGUGACUCGCUGCUCUCCUUUCUCAGGGCGAUUCCUCUGUCCAUAAGAGGGUCUGUACCUCCCACGGGGCUGCUGCUGCUGGUUUCAACUCUAAUAAUGCUGCUAACUUAACACAGGUUAUUUUUGAAAUGUUUUAUUUUUUUACGUGCUUUUCCUCCCUUUUUCCACCAUCAGUUUUUUGUAGCCUCUUGGAACCCGAGUGACGUCUCACUCCCGCUCUUCAGUGUUUGUAUGUGAAGCGAGAGGGAUGGGUGCAUCUUUGUGUCCUGGGGAGGGGAGGGGGGGAAAUAUAUUGUGGUUUUUUAAAGAUGCUUUUAUUUUAAAUUUGGAGAACCUUUGUAAUAAAACGUCCAUUUCUA